AUGGCCUCGUCGCCGCGAACACCGCGGCACUCCCGCCAAUCCUCCAUGAUGGAGAACAGCUACCCACACUCGAGCCCCGGCUCGUCCCCCGUCGCACGCCGAGCCUCCAAGUCCUCGACCCAAGACCCCAUGACGCCCUUGCGCAACAGCAUGAACGACCAAGACAUGAGCAUGUUCAGCGGCACCCAGAUGGAAGGCGGCGAUAACGGGCUGGGGAACCUCGCAGACGAGCUUGCCGACGCAUUCUCCGAGGACGAGGACGAGGAGGGGUACUACGAGGACGGCGAGCAACCCCCUGGCAUCAGCCUCGACCUGCCCGAGGGUGACGGUCGGGAAGGAGUCGACGGCAUUCGAGACAGCGGCGUCGAUGUCGAGAGCCAGGGUGAUCAGAAACAACUGCCGAACAGGAACAAAGCCGCAGCCCUAUCACUACCACCCAACAUGAGGGGACACCGCAGACAAGGGAGCCAGUAUGACGGAAGUGAAUAUGGUUCAGACUCCGAUCUCGAGUCUCCCGGCAUCCCUCCCAGUCUCGUCGCCAGAAUGGAUGCUGUCGAGUCGCUGGCAAGGCGAGGCACGGAUGGCGGCCCUGCCGACGGAGUCUUCAAGCGCGUAACAGACGGGCUCAAGGACCUAGGAUCACAGUCUGGCGUUGAGGGCAGCACCACUCGACUGAUCACCGCGCACUCGGCUCUGGCGACGCACCUGGCACACCAAACCAGGCAACUACACAAUCUGACCUUUCCGCUCUUGUCACCACUCGUGGCACCCCCUGAUGCCGAGACCAUCGACGACUUACUACCGCUACUCGUCUCCCUUGCCGACGACAUGCCAAGACCUACCACCUCGGCCUAUAAUUCCCUAGCAAACCUACACUCCGUCACCUCGGACCUUGUGCAGACCCUCAACUACCUCUCAGAUACCCUACACAUGUCACGCCAGACAACGACGACGGCGGCCAGGCGGCUGAAAUCCGCCAAGGAAAUGGUCGCCGAGAUGAAGCGCGAGGAGGAGCUCAAGGAAGAAGGCGAGAGGUGGCUCAACCGAGGAAACUGGGGUGAGAGGCUGCAGAACCGGGAGUGUGCAGGCGUGUGUCGGGACGUCGUCGGUGGCUUUGAGGAGGUUUGCAAUGGUUGGCGGGCUAGGCUCCUCGCACAGGCCGAGUCAGCAUCGUGA